AUGGCUACACUAAGUGUCAAGCCCAGCCAACGCUAUCAGCUCUCCGACUGGCGCACCAACAGCUACCUGUUGUCCACCAAUGCGGAGCGGCAGCGAGAUGCUUCUCACCAGAUCCGCCAGGAGGCCCGGAUCCUUCGCAAUGAGACCAACAACCAGACUGUAUGGGAUGAACAUGACAACAGGACUCGCCUGGCAGAGAGGAUCGAGACUGUCAACCGGUGGAAGGAAAUGUUGGACAAGUGUCUGACGGAUUUAGAUGCUGAAAUAGACAGCUUGACACAGGCAAAAGAGUCAGCGGAGCAAAACCUGCAGGCCAAGAACCUGCCUCUGGAUGUGUCCAUCGAGUGCCUGACUCUGCGUGAGAGCCGGCGAGACAUUGAUGUGGUGAAGGACCCUGUGGAGGAAGAGCUGCUGAAAGAGGUGGAAGUCAUUGAAGCCACCAAGAAGGUCCUACAGGAGAAGAUCAGCCAGGCCUUCCAGCACCUCUGCCUCCUGCAGGAAAUCAGACAGCAGCUCAACUCUGACCACCGAGACAAAAUGGAGACGCUGGAAAUCGACAGGGGCUGCCUCUCUCUCAACCUCACUUCCCCAAACAUCUCUCUGAAAGUCAACCCCACACGGGUCCCCAAAGACUCCACCACACUGCAGCAGUGGGAUGACUUCACUCGAUUCAACAAGAACCGCGCAGAGGCAGAGAUGAAAGCAGCCAUAGAGCUGAGGGAAGCCAUUGCCCUAGCCAUUGCUCAGACCAACAAUGAACUGGAAGCUCAGAGGGUUGCGACAGAAUUCACCUUCAGGAAGCGGCUUCGGGAAAUGGAGAGUUUGUACAGUGAACUCAAGUGGCAAGAGAAAAAUACCUUAGAAGAGAUAGCCGAGCUGCAGGGAGACAUUCGGCGCCUGGAGGAGGACCUGCGGAGAAAGAUGAUGAACUUGAAGCUUGCACAUACCCGGCUGGAGUCCCGAACCUACCGGCCCAAUGUGGAACUCUGCAGGGACCAGUCACAGUAUGGUCUCAUUGAUGAAGUCCACCAGUUGGAGGCAACCAUCAAUACCAUGAAGCAGAAGCUGGCCCAGACACAGGAUGCACUGGAUGCCCUGUUCAAGCACCUGGCCCGGAUACAGGCUGAUAUGGCAUGCAAGGCCAACACCAUGCUCUUGGACACCAAGUGUAUGGACACCCGGCGCAAGCUGACGGUGCCGGCUGAGAAAUUUGUGCCCCAGGUGGACACCUUCACGCGCACGACAAACCGCACACUGAGUCCACUCAAAUUCUGCCAGCUGGAGCUAGCCUAGACGUUGGCAGCUGAGGGAAGACACAAGGGUGGGGGAGGGGGAGUGAUGAAGAGAUAGUAAAAUAAUAAAGAUGGAGUUCUC